AUGGUGAUACUUGGGCUGAAGCAGAUCCAUGCCCUGUCCAUACAGGGGAACUAUGAGCUGCGCAUCGACUUGGAAGACUUUGAAAAUAACACAGCAUAUGCUCAAUACGGUACCUUUGGAGUAGGCCUCUUCUCUGUGGACCCUGAUGAUGAUGGAUACCCUUUGACUGUUGGAGACUAUUCUGGCAGUGCAGGUGAUUCUCUCCUGAAGCACAACGGGAUGAAGUUCACCACCAAAGACAGGGAUAACGACCACUCUGAGAAUAACUGCGCCUCCUUCUACCAUGGCGCGUGGUGGUACCGCAACUGCCACACCUCCAACCUUAACGGGCAGUAUCUGCGCGGUCAGCACACCUCCUACGCCGACGGCAUCGAGUGGUCCUCCUGGACGGGCUGGCAGUAUUCCCUCAAGUUCUCCGAGAUGAAGAUACGCCCCACCCGCGAUCCCGACAACAAAUAA